UGACCCAUUCCUCGCCACAUUCACCGACUCUGAACAGUUAACCAGCUGUCCUCGACGAAUCCGCCGCUCUCCUCGCAUGGCAGCUACGGCAUGCCGCGAAUCUCGGUGCAUCAUGCCACGGCGUUUGCCCGGCUGAUGAGGAGGGCAGGGCGGCCGGGCACGGCUGCACGUGUGUGCUUGCCAAAUCGGCCAAUAGCGCGGUAUUCGCAUGUUCAUAGCCCGACAUGGCGUCCUGUCUCAGUCUUGGAUGAAUGGGUUGCGAAAGAAGCUCGCCCUAUCAGUCUGCGCCAGCUCAUGGUGUUUGGGCGCUCGUUGACCGAGUCGAGACUGAUCAGCUCGGCCAACUACGUGAGGACGGAGCUCCCAACAAGAAUCGCCCACCGGAUCCGUGACAUGCAACAGCUGCCCUAUGUGGUCGUCACCAAUCCCCACAUGAGCGAGGUUUAUGACUUGUAUUACACUGCCUUCGACACGUUCCGCAAGGUGAAAGACAUCAAGACGCUGGAGGACAACGACCGUUUCUGUCAGACGAUCCGUUCCAUGCUCAAAGCCCACCUGACGGUCAUUCCCAAGCUGGCAAUGGGCAUUCUCGAGUGCAAUGGCCUCAUGGCCGCGGCAGAACUCGACAAGUUCAUGAAUACCAUUCUCCGAUCUCGCAUUUCGCGCCGCGUAAUCGCCGAACAACACCUCGCCCUAACCGACACCUUCCAUGCACCCUGGUUCUCCCCGGGCGCCAAACUCUCCGAGUCUGAAUUCAUAGGCGAAGUUUUUCUCAAGUGCGUCGCAAAAGAUGUGGUAUCACGCUGCGGCAAGGCAGUCCACGAUAUUGUCCGGCGCGCCUACGGCCCUGAUAUAACCCUUCCCGAGAUUCACAUUGACGGCCACCUCGACGCCAACUUCCCCUACAUCCUCAGUCACCUCGAGUACAUCAUCGGCGAGCUGCUGCGUAACUCGGUCCAAGCCGUAGCCGAAAGACACCAGCGGCGCAAGGACAAGGCGGCCGAUCCUGAUAAGCCCCCACCGCCCAUCGAAGUCACUAUCUGCGAAAGCCACCAACAUGUGAUCAUCCGCAUUUCCGACCAAGGCGGCGGCAUCCCCCGCGAGAAGAUGCCCUACCUGUGGUCCUUUAGCAAGGGACCCGCCAGCGGCAAGAUCCUGGCCAACCUGGGCAAGGUGCCCAAGAUGGCGGCGACGAUGCAGGAGCUACAGGUUGAGGGCGAGGAAGACGAACACGGCAGUCGUAUUGCAGCAGCAGAGAACGCCGGGAGAGGCAACGAGAUCAGCAGCUCUUUGGCCUCGCUAUCGAGCCGGCCGCCCAACCUGCGGCUCGGCAUGGGCUUGCCGCUGAGUAGGGUAUACGCAGAGUACUGGGCUGGCAGCCUGGCGCUGCACAGUCUGGAGGGAUAUGGCGUGGAUGCUUUUCUGCAAAUAUCCAAGCUCGGCAACAAAAACGAGCAGUUGACGACGCGGGCUAGUAUGGACGCUGUCUAGAUGAAGGCGUCUAUGAGGCUAUCCAAGGACAAUCCAGCUCGCUGUCUGGGAGCGGACGUGGUAUUACAUAUAGCCCCCAAUCUUCACAGAGCUCGCCUUUUGUUUGCAAGACAGGCAGCCUUUCUCAUUAUCUGGUAUCAUGAAAGGGGCAGCUAAAUUACAUCAUUCCUAACGUUCGACUAAAAGGGAGGCUCUGGAAAGAAUCGGCUAAGGAGGUCGAGUCCUUUGUGAGAGAAGUGCUCAGGACCUCCUAUCC